AGCCAAAAGAAAAAGAAAGCACUCUUCCCCCCCCCCCCAUUAAUUCUACUUUCUUCAACCUGAAGACAUUACCGAAAUAAUCACUUUCUUAAUCACAGAUUUCUCGCCUAAUUCUUCGGAGAUUCCUUCUUUCAGUGAAAAUUAGAGGAAAAUGAGAGAGUAAUUUUGGUUAUUCGGUAAGUGUUUGGGGAGCUAUGAGUAUGAAUUGAAGGAGAUUUAGUGGGCGAGAUGAAUGUGAGCCAUGCCUCGGUUCACCCAGUGGAAGAUCCACCGACUACGGACGGAGGCGGAGGCGGAAACGGGGGAGGAGGCGGGAACAACAACAACGAGGUGCCAAGAGUGAGGAUGAAGGAUACUCGGGGAAUGCCUGGUACGCCAGGAGGGCUUGCGUUGCGGAUAUGUCAGUUUGUUUUUGCAGUUGCGGGACUCUGUGUUAUGGCAACCACCAGUGAUUUUCCAUCAGUUACUGCCUUUUGCUACCUUGUUGCUGCCACUGGCUUGCAGAGUUUAUGGAGCUUAUCCCUAGCUAUUAUUGACAUUUAUGCCCUUUUAGUGAGGCGCUCCUUGCAGAAUUAUCGUGUUGUUACUUUGUUUACUCUUGGUGAUGGGAUCACAUCCACUGUGACCUUUGCUGCUGCUUGUGCUUCUGCGGGCAUCACAGUUCUUAUUGACAAUGAUCUCGGUAGCUGUGCAAAGAACCAUUGUGCACAGUUUGAAACUGCUACCGCAAUGGCCUUCAUUAGCUGGUGUACUGCAUUACCUUCAUUCCUCUUGAACUUCUGGUCACUGGCAUCCCGAUGAAAGGUAACACGGUAAAAUUGACCUAGAAAAGGAGGAACCCGGUCAUUUUAGAAUGCCGUCCGAAACAUUUUCUUAUGCCAAAUUGUCUUUCCCUGUAGUAUUCUCCGGUGCCUCGAAAUCAAAAACUUGUUCGUGUGAUUUUAAAGUUGUAUAGUUAUGUUUUGUAAAUCCAUAUGCAGAGACGAAAAUCUGGCAUUAUGAGCUACCAGUUGGUUCAAUAAACUGUAGGAGAUGGAAUGAUUGAAUCGCAUUAAUGUAAACUUGUUUUUUUUUUUUUUCUAAAAUAGAUGGUGUGUUUGCAUUGCGGGUCGAUUUUA